AUGAAUACUUGUCCUCACUGUGGUUCUAAAAAGAUUUGGGUUCAUGAUCAUAGAAUUCAAAAGAUUAAGGAUACUCACAUUCGUGGAAAGAAAUGUCUUAUUCAUCUAAAGAAAACAAGGUAUGAUUGCAAGUCUUGUGGCUGUCGUUUUGAAAGAGAACUUGAUUUUAUUGCUAAGGGUCAUACUAUGACUAAUAGACUUGUUUUUAGUAUUGUUUCUGAAUUUGAUGAUGUGUAUUCUAUCUCAUCUAUUGCUAAAAGGUAUAAUGUCUCUUCUAAUACUGUAUUAAGAAUUUUAAAUUGUUUAAGUGUAUCAAGAGCUAGGCUUUCUGAAGUUCUUUGUAUAGACGAAUUCAAAGGAGAUAGUGGAAAUAUUAAGUAUCAGACUUCUCUUCUUAAUGGUUCUAAACACUCUAUCAUCGAUAUUUUGCCUACUAGAGAUAAGAACUUUUUAUUCAGCUACUUUAAAAGUGUUCCUACAAAGGAGAUACAAAGUGUUAAGUUUUUUGUAAGUGAUAUGUCUAAUACUUUUAAGUCUGUUAAGAAUAGGUUCUUUAAAACUGCUAUUCAUAUUGUUGAUAGGUAUCAUUUUAUCAGACAAGUUUCAUGGGCUUUAGAGAAUGUUAGAAAGAGAAUUCAAAAAGAUAUUUCUUCUAAGCUUAGAAAGUAUUUUAAGAGAAGUAGAAGUCUACUUACAAAACCUGCUUCUAAACUAAGUUCUGAACAAGCUAAAGAAGUUUCUCUAAUGCUUGAUUUAAGCAAUGAUUUGAAGUUAGCAUAUAGGUUAAAAGAGCUGUUCUACCAAUAUGUUCUUACUCAACCUAAUAAAGUUAGAGCAGCUAAAUCUUUAAGAGAAUGGAUAAAAAGAGCCGAAGAAUCUAAUUUAAAAGAAUUUAAAGCUUGCAUCACUGCUUUUAAUAACUGGUUUGAUGAGAUAUGUAAUUCUUUUGAUUAUUCUUGGUCUAAUGGUCCACUUGAAGGAACUCAUACUAAGAUAAAGACGUUAAAGAGAAAUUGUUUUGGUAUGAAAAAUUUCAAUUUGUUUAGAAAGAGAAUUAUGUUUGCUUGUAAGUAA